AUGCCGCAAUCCACUCAAGAGCGCGUCGAGCACGCGCUGUCGAAGCUCCUUGAGCACCUGCUGCCCCACGCUGGAGAACCAGGCGUAGCCUCCGAUGUCAACCAUGCCGCCGACCUCAUCAAGAAGAAAUUGGUGCGCGAGAACAGCUCUCCCGAGAAGGCACUGCGCUUCACCAACCUCUAUUCGCGGCUGCUCAUGCAGCCUGUCCUGAACCAAAAAUGGGCCAUGCUUUACUUCCUCUUCCAGCUCUCCGACUCCGACAUUCCCGUCCUGCCGCCUGGUGUUCGCUCUCCGCCCCGCUCCCCCGAACACGCUCCGACUUUCCAGCCUCUGGCCGAGUCUGACCCUACAUCACCUUCCCGAUUCGCAAGGGACUACGGCGAAGCUCAAUAUGCGGACAAUCCAACAUUCAACGAGGCGUUCGCGAAUGCAGGUCUCCAGCGACUUCCGCCUGCGGAGGAUAUGCAAGCUGCCAGGGCGUCGAUUCAGGAUAGGCCAAAGACCGCCGACAGACCAAAGACAGCGGACAGGAAGAUGCGAGAAGCGCGGCGGGAAGAAGAGCCUGUGCCAGAGACUCCGGUGUUGAAGAAACACACCUCUCUUACUUCAUAUGAACCGUCGGAGCCAGCUCUCUUGCGCGACUUGCCCUUUACUCUGCAAGGCCUUUCCUCGACCAACCUUGUCUUUGCUGAUCCUUCCGUUCUCAAGUUCCCUACAACUCUCCCAGCUCCUCUGGUCAGCCUGCUUCAUACUCUGGCGGAACCAUCGCUUUUGUAUCCAAUCGAGCUCCGCUCAUAUCUUGGUCUCGUCGCCACGCUCGAAGGCCAAAUACGGAGGGCACUAGCAAUGUUGGACGACUCACAACCAAGACAAGGCAUCGGAAAAGCCGGGGUCACUCUCAAACGAUGCGUUAUCUGGACAAGAGAAGCUACCAUGGGCCUAAGGCUUAUGAGCUUGAUCGUGGAGGAGUCGAGUGGCAAAAAAGGCGGCGAACUCAUUUCCUUGAUCCAUUCCUUUUCUCUUUCACACGGCGACCCGUUUGUGGUUGCCUUCGCAGAGCGACUCCUGGCUCAUGUGACACGACCUUUCUACGACAUGCUACGACAAUGGAUUUACGACGGAGAGUUAUCAGAUCCCUUCCUCGAGUUUUUCGUCUCUGAACAACACGAGGAUCCUAAUGACGAGAAUGCCGGCAAGGGCGGUGCCACAAGCGUGUGGGAGGACAAGUACAAGCUGAACGAGAAAAUGAUCCCGUCGAUUGUAUCUGGAGAGUUUGCAAGCAAGGUGUUCCUCAUCGGCAAAACGCUAAACUUCAUUCGAUACGGCUGUGGUGAUGCGGCUUGGGUAGAAAGCUACUCCAAGGAUUCCUCCCGGGAGCUCCGUUAUGGCGAUACCACUGCGCUUGAGAGAAACAUUGGAGAGGCCUACAAAACGACCAUGGCACGUCUCAUACACCUCAUGGCCGACAAGUUCAAGCUGUUCGAGCAUCUGCAAGCGCUGAAGAAAUACAUCCUUCUGGGAGCCGGUGACUUCAUUGCGGUACUCAUGGAGUCGCUCUCAUCAAAUUUGGACCAGCCUGCCAAUACGCAGUACCGCCAUACUUUGACAGCUCAGCUUGAGCAUGCGGUACGGAACUCGAAUGCUCAGUACGAUUCGCCUGAGGUCCUCCGCAGACUGGACUCUCGUAUGCUCGAGCUCAGUCAUGGAGAAAUCGGCUGGGAUGUUUUUACCUUGGAAUACAAAAUCGAUGCGCCGGUCGAUGUUAUUGUUACCCCAUAUGGCAGUAAACAGUAUCUCAAGGUCUUCAACUUCCUGUGGCGUGUCAAGCGGGUUGAAUUUGCCCUCGGUAGCACAUGGCGACGGUGCAUGACUGCAGCGCGUCAGUUUCUCGGGGCCGUUGAGGACAAAGUCGGCAAGGACUGGAAGAUCGCCCGCUGUGCGGUGGCUGAGAUGAUCCACUUCAUCAACCAGCUCCAGUACUACAUACUUUUCGAGGUCAUCGAAUCAUCGUGGAACGAGCUGCAAGCCAGCAUGCGCAAACCCGAGAGCACACUGGAUGAUUUGAUUCAAGCACAUGCCCGAUAUCUUACCAACAUCACACGCAAAGGUCUUCUCGGGUCGGAACGUAUGGACUUCACUGGCCAGCUGCAUGAGCUCCUCAAGAUCAUGCUCGCUUACAAGGGCGCGGUCGACGGUUUGUAUUCAUUCUCGACGGCCGAAUUUGCACGCCGCCAGGAGCGCGCAGCCAAGAUCGAGACGCGCACAGCGGCAGGUAAAUGGGGUCUCAGCGAGAGAGACUCGGCAAAUCCUUCGCCCACGUCGUUUUCAGCGAACGUACGCCCUUCGUCUAUGCGCAAAGACGACGACAACUCCCCUUUCCCACCGCCAUUAUUAUCUGGAAACGCCGGGUCUGAGGACGAUGUGCUAGAAGGCUUGCGCAACAGGUUGGGCGUGCUUAGCAGAGACUUCAAGGCACGCGUGAACAUUCUACUUGGUGAUUUAUACCAUCAGCCCGACGCAGACAUGCGCUGGCUGGCCAUGGUCAUGAAUUUCAACGAAGUGUAUCAGCCUUCGCGGAGAAAGCGAGGAGCCAGUUCGCGAAGGAAAGAGGGUGGGGAGAAGGAGGCGAAGAUAUCGGGCCCGAAGUCAGCGGAGGGCAGCUUCAAGGAAGACGAUAAGAAGGGUUGA